GUUCAUCCAAAGGCCGAUGCCACCGGGAAUGAUGUGGAAAUGGGUGGAGCAAAUGCAUCUCCUCCUGCCGGUGAACCUCGUGCCGGUGAACCUCGCGCCGGUGAACCUCGUGCCGGUGAACCUGCUGCCGGUGAACCUGCUGCCGGUGAACCUGCUGCCGGUGAACCUGCUGCCGGUGAACCUGCUGCCGGCGAAGAAGGGCGCCAGGAAGUCCAAGAAGGAUGGCAAGAAGAACAAAAAGAACAAGAAAGCCAACAAGAAAGCCAACAAGAAAGCCAAAAAGGGCAAGGGUCAGAAGGCCAAGGCCAACCGACAGAAGAAGAUUAAGAAAGCCACCACAGGUGAGGAAGAGCAACAAUCUCAGACCGCCGUGAAGGGGCGAGUGAGCCGGAAGCGAAAGAUCUUGAAGGCCAAGGCAGCCCGAGUCAAGCCUGAGAAGGCUGAGGAUGGAGCCCCAAAACCAAAGAGAGGAAGGGGAGCCAUCAAGAUCACGGCUGAGGAUGCACUUGUAAGGAACCCCAUGCGCAUGGAUGAAGUGGUGAAAGCUUUGAUGGAUUGGGCUCAGCAGUUCCCUGAGGAACUGGAGCGUGAUGAAGAUACAUUGCGGAGCAAAGUGCGAGAGGCGCUGUUUCCCCUCAAGAAGACACAAUUGAACAUCUACUGGUCCCGCAACGCAGUGGGAGUCAAGAUUUGGAGUGAUGAGUGGGGCUUUCAGGGAAAGGACGAGGUGAGCUUUAGCUUCAACUGCAGUUCCGCCCCACGUCGCCUCAAAUUGGGGGUCGCAGUGCGCUGUGCAGAGCUUUGUGCUUUGGGGAUUGAUGCUGGACAGCCUGGCUUCGACACUAGGCAUGGCGAGGAGUUCCUGCGGCUCAAGGCAAACGGAGCUAUCGCAUUGUUCUUCUUCGCAAACGAGGACAAGAAUGACUUGUUUGCGGAUCAUGCCUGA